AUGGCGCUGGCGGUGUUGCAGCUCCUGGAUCCCUUCCCUGCCGACGCGCCCCCGCUGGCGGUGCUGGUGCCGCCGGGGGGUCCCUGGCCCGUGGCGGGGUCGGGGCCGGGGCAGGGCUCGGUGCUGGCCCUGCGGCCCGCCGCGGAGAGCCCCACGGGCCCGGCGCUGCUCGUGGUGGCCCUGGAGGCGCCCUCCCGCAGGGACGCCGAGAGCGCGGGCCCGGGCCUCGAGCCGCCGGCGCUGCUGGCCAGCCGCGCGCUGCUGCGGCUCUUGGCGCUGCGCCCCGGGACGUGGGUGCGGGCGCGGCCCGUGCGGAGGCCCCCCGCGCUCAGCUGGGCCCUGCUCGGCGCCGCCGCUCCCGGCCCGGGGCUCGCCCCGCGGGUCGGGCCGCUGCUGGUGCGGCGCGGAGAGACGCUGCCGCCCACGCCCGGACCCGGGCCGCGCGUGCUGGAGACGCGGCCGGCCUUGCAAGGUCUCCUGGGGCCCGGCACGCGCCUGGCUGUCACCGAGCUCCGGGGCCGAGCCAAGCAGGCCCCGGACACGGGGGGCACGAGCCGGACCCCGCCGCAGCCCCCGCUGGUGUCUUCCUUCGCGGCCCCCCGCCGUGCCCGGAGGGUCCGGGGCCUUCUAGGAGGGAUCGGGGAGUCGUUGGGGGUGAGCCGGCGCUGUCUCCGCAGCCUCGGCCUCUUCCAGGGCGAGUGGGUGUGGGUGUGGGUGGCCCGAGCCCCAGAAGCAGCCGCCGAUCCCGGCCAGCCACGCCUGGCCACCAUAGAGGCGCUCGAGUCUCCCUGGGACCUCUCGAAGCGGCUGGGCCCCAGCGCCGGGCAGCUGGAAGAGCCGCUGGCCGACGGACUGGCUCUCGUGCCUGCCACUCUAGCUUUUAACCUGGGCUGUGAUCCUUUGGAAGUGGGAGAGCUCAGGCUACAGAGGUACUCGGAAGGCAGCUGCCCCCCUGAAACAAAAGAAGCCUGCUCUGUGCUGUCGCAGCCCCCGUUUGCCAAAGAGCUGCACGUCGAGAUCGUGUCCUUCCCCCAUUACAGCACUCGAGGGAACUAUGACCGAGUUCUCUACCGACACUUUCAGACACCCAGGGCGGUCCAGGAAGGAGAUGUUCUGUGUGUGCGACAUUUUGGGCAAGUAGAGAUCCUGGAAGGAAGCCCAGAGUCUCUCCACAGGUGGUGGUUUGUGUUUUUUAAAGUGAAGAAAACAGUUGGGGAAACUGUGACCGGGCCAGCCAGUGCCUACUUGGCUGACACCACCCAUACUUCCUUGUACUUGGUGGGUUCUACCCUGAGCCGUGUUCCUUCCCCUCCGGCCACUCUCUGGAGCAGCUUGUCCCCUCCAGGCCUGGAGGUCCUGGUGACGGAGCUCUGCAAUGCCCUGAGGCCUCGCCUCUGCCCAGGGGGGGCACUGCUGACGGGAGUGGGUGCCGCCCUUGUGUGUGGGCCUCCAGGCAGCGGGAAGAGCACAGCCGUGGCUGCUGCCUGCAGUCGUCUUGGACUCCAUUUACUGAAGGUGCCCUGCUCCAGCCUCUGUGCAGACAGCAGCGGGGCAGUGGAGACAAAGCUGCAGGCCGCCUUCACCCGGGCCCGGGGCUGCCGGCCGGUGGUUCUGCUACUGACAGCUGUGAACCUGCUGGGCCGGGACCGUGAUGGGCUGGGCGAGGAUGCCCGCGUGGUCGCCACUCUACGCCGGCUGCUCCUGGACGAGGCCCCCCACACCAGCGGACCUCCCCUCAUGGUGGUGGCCACCACCAGCCGGGCCCAGGACGUGGCCACCGACGUGCUCACAGCCUUCCCCCACGAGCUGGAGGUGCCGGUGCUCAGCGAGGGACAGCGGCUCAGCGUCCUGCAGGCUCUCACUGCCCACCUCCCCCUCGGCCAGGAGGUGAGCCUGGCACAGCUGGCACGGCGCUGUGCGGGCUUCGUGGUAGGGGAUCUCCAGGCCCUGGUGACCCACAGUAGCAGGGCAGCCUGCAGCAGAAUUAAGCACACUGGCUUGGUGGGCAGCAAGGAGGAGGAAGGGGAGCUGUGUGCUGCCGGCUUUCCCCUCCUGGCCGAGGACUUUGGGCAGGCCCUGGAGCAGCUACAGGCCGCUCACUCCCGGGCCAUCGGAGCCCCCAAGAUCCCCUCAGUGUCCUGGCAUGACGUGGGCGGGCUACAGGAGGUGAAACGGGAGAUCCUGGAGACGAUCCAGCUGCCCCUGGAGCACCCGGAACUGCUGAGCCUGGGCCUGAGGCGCUCGGGCCUGCUGCUUCACGGGCCCCCAGGCACGGGCAAGACCCUGCUGGCCAAGGCCGUGGCCACCGAGUGCAGCCUCACCUUCCUCAGCGUAAAGGGGCCUGAGCUCAUCAACAUGUACGUGGGCCAGAGUGAGGAGAACGUGAGGGAAGUGUUUGCCAAGGCCAGGGCUGCAGCUCCCUGCAUCAUCUUCUUUGAUGAACUGGACUCCCUGGCCCCGAGCCGGGGGCGAAGUGGUGAUUCUGGAGGUGUGAUGGACAGGGUGGUGUCCCAGCUCCUGGCUGAGCUGGAUGGACUGCACAGCACUCAGGAUGUGUUUGUGAUCGGGGCCACCAACCGACCUGACCUCUUGGACCCUGCCCUUCUGCGACCUGGCCGGUUUGACAAGCUGGUGUACGUGGGGGCAAGUGAGGACCGGGCCUCCCAGCUCCGUAUCCUGAGUGCCAUCACGCGCAAGUUCAAGCUGGAGCCAUCUGUGAGCCUGGUGAAUGUGCUGGACCACUGCCCUCCCCAGCUGACGGGCGCCGACCUCUACUCCCUCUGUUCGGAUGCCAUGACCAGGGCCCUCAAACGCAGAGUCCAGGAACUGGAGGACGGGACGGAGUGCGGGAACUCAGCCCUGCUGGUCACCAUGGACGACCUGCUCCAGGCUGCGUCCCAGCUGCAGCCCUCCGUGAAUGAGCAGGACCUGCUGCGCUACAAGCGCAUCCAGCGCAAGUUUGCCAACUAGAGGCCUCAGCAAUGUGACAGCGUGACCUAGAGUGUCGAGCGUGAAUUCAAGCCCUAGGACUGCAGGGACAUCAUUGAUCAAGUUUCCCGGGUACUAUUGGAGACUGAUAACUGAGAGCUCUUCACCAAACACUGGAAGGCUCCUGCCCCACCAGGAGCGCCUCUGACCACCUGUCCCUCCUCCCAGGACAGCCCAAGACUGAAGCUCCUCUCCAGAGGAGGACGUGGGCCUGGGGUGCUUGGGAGGGUGCGCUGAGGGAGUGUAGCUGAAAAUAAAGUGUCUGCUGCCCCCUUCUGGAAA